GUCAUCGUCUCCCACUCCCAUCAUUCACGUUUAUUUAUUUCUCUUAUUAAUUUACUCUCUCCUUCAAACAUCAAAUUACAGGUCUUCUGCAACCAAUUUUCUUUCCCCUUCUGUCACGGCGGAGCUUGCCUUUACCAAAGCCGUCCACCACCUUCACAAUCAUCCGUUUUGACACUCCAGCUAAAGAUAAAACCCCCUAAUCUUCACCUACACACAACAAUCCUCAAGAAAUGAAGAGAUUGAAGAGUUACUAUAUGCACUUGCGCCACCACCAAGCCAUGGAGCGCAAAUGGAUCUUCCCAUUAGCUAUUGGGUCUAUAGUAUCUCUCUUUCUUCUCUUUCUCACCACACUUACCUCUCCUGAUGGAACCCCAUUACUCCCUAUAUACCGUUCUUUCUCUACUUUCAGUUCUAGAUUUGUGGAACCAAAGCUGCAACCAAUUCCUGUUUCUACUCUCCCUCCUCCUCCUCGCUUCGCUUACCUAAUCUCCGGCUCAGCCGGUGAUGGUAACAUGUUGAAGCGAACAUUGCAGGCGCUUUACCAUCCCCAUAACCGGUAUGUUGUACAUUUGGACCGUGAAUCGUCGGUGGAGGAGCGGUUGGAUCUGAAUAAUUAUGUGAAGAAUAAUCCGGUUUUUGUUAAGUUUGGGAAUGUGAAGAUGAUCGCUAAAGCUAAUCUUGUAACUUAUAGAGGGCCCACUAUGGUUGCUAAUACGCUGCACGCGGCGGCGAUCUUGUUAAAAGAGGGUGGAGAUUGGGAUUGGUUUAUUAAUCUUAGUGCGUCCGAUUAUCCACUUGUUACACAGGAUGAUCUAUUGCACACGUUUUCUUAUCUGCCAAGGGAUCUUAAUUUCAUUGAUCAUACAAGUAAUAUUGGUUGGAAAGAGUUUCAAAGAGCUAAACCCAUAAUUGUAGAUCCAGGUUUGUACAUGACAAAGAAAGCUGAUGUUUUCUGGGUUACGCAGAGGAGGAGUGUACCAACUGCAUUCAAAUUAUUCACAGGUUCUGCCUGGAUGGCUCUUUCUCGGCCUUUUGUUGAUUACACCAUAUGGGGAUGGGACAAUUUACCCCGAGUAGUACUAAUGUAUUAUGCAAACUUCAUAUCAUCCCCAGAAGGUUACUUCCACACUGUCAUUUGCAAUGCACAAGAGUUUCGCAACACAACUGUGAACAGCGACCUUCAUUUCAUAUCAUGGGACAACCCACCUAAGCAGCACCCACACCACCUCACCUUAGCUGACAUGCAAAAGAUGAUCAACAGUAAUGCACCUUUUGCAAGGAAAUUCCGCAAAGACAAUCCUGUGCUUGACAAAAUUGAUUCUGAGCUCUUAUCUCGGGGUCCUGGCAUGUUUACUCCUGGUGGUUGGUGCAUAGGACGUAAGGAAAACGGAACUGACCCAUGCUCUACUAUAGGUAAUACCACAGUCCUUAGACCUGGCCCUGGUGCAAAAAGGCUGGAGGAUUUGAUAAGUUCUCUGUUAUCUAGCGAAAAAUUCCGACCAAGGCAGUGCAAAUAGCAACACUUUUUAAAAUAUAAGAUAUUAUACAAGCCUUUGGGAUAGUUUAUAUCAGGAGAACAGGGAAUCUAUGAUCAACCAAUCUGCAUUCCUUCUGGUUUUCAGAAAAAGAUUGGUGAAAAUAUACACAAUUCUAUGGCUACGGUUAGUGGCAUGGACGAGGUGAAUUUUGUGGAACGAAAUCGAUUACUGCACCUAGCAGUAGUUCUCCAAUGUAAUGUCAUGGUGUAGAGGACUGAAUUCAUCCUUGUGACUAGGUGGCCUGAAAGUAUUUUUCCUUUUCUCUUUAACUGUAUUUCUAUGACCAAACCAUUCAUUGCCGAGCCCUUAAUCUUGUGCGUGGCUGAUGGUGAAGUAGAUGAACAUUCGCAAGAUUAAUGUUAGAAAAAGACAAAAAAAAAAAAAAAAAA